AUGGAGAAACAGCCAAAGCGGGAGCGAAGCAGAGUUGCACAGCGAGAGUAUCGCAAGCGACAUGCUUCCAAGUUUAAUACUCUCAAAGACGAGAAUCAGAGGUUGAGAAAUGCUCUCAAGAGGGUUGAGAAACUCGCCCAGAAACGCGCUGGAAAAGAUCAAGAGCUUGAGGCUGCCCUUGCAGACGCCAGAGAAACCGUUGGAUCAGACGAUAAUAGCGAUGAAAAUGGUCAGACAACUAGUUCCAGCUCAUCUGGGGUCGCGGAUCCUAUAACCGAGGGAACCUCUGACAUCUCUGGACUACUAUCUUCUGAUAUCCAUUUACACACACAAGCACUCGGCGGUCAAGAUAUCACACAGAAAUUGAGUAUGGCACAGCAACUCUGGACAGACACGGACCACUUGGCUCGCAUCUUUGAAGCCCCUUCAGACGCACGCAGAUAUCUCGGAGAUGGGCUCUACACCUUUGCGGGAACAUUAUACUGGGCAUGCACAAGAAACACCGUAUCAUUAUGGGAGACUUAUAAGCUCAACAUGCUGGGCAGACCCGGUCCACCAGACAUGAAUCCCAUGGACAGACUCUUCAACCACAGCAGACAUCUCACCGACCGAAGAUUCAUGCUUUCCCUCGCACUAGCUCGUCUAGAGUAUAAGCAAAAAGGCUUCAUUGAACAACCCCACGCAGGUACAGAAAUGGUGUACAAAUCAGUCCUACCUGAACUACGCAAAAAGAUGGAGCAGGAACUCGCCGAAAAGGGACAGGGGCUGGAAUGGUGGAAGACGCCGCGAGAGGUGGAAAGUCAUCUUAUGAAGUACCUUGAGCCCUCCGAAGUUGAUGAGUUACAGGCUCUCAUAGAGGGGAGAGGAUCAGCGGCUGUUUUGACAAAGUAUAAGCCGCUGGUGGAGAUGAUGGUUAAUGAGUUUGUUUGCUUUCCUGAUGGUCCGAGAUGGAAUCUUUUAUAUGUUGCUAUGGCUGUUGGAAGUUGGAGGAGUGAUCAUCCUAAACCUUCAGAGAUGGGAAUUGGAGUUUAG